GUACACCAGGAGAGAGAGAGAGAGAGAGAGAGAGAGAGAGAGAGAGAGAGAGAGAGAGAGAGAGAGAGAGUGUUGAAAAUGGCGACGGGCAGGCGUCAUGGCAGGCGUGCGUCUUCGGAGUAUGGUUUGCCACAUUUUAAUUCACGGGAUGGUGCGGAAUUCCCUCUUCGCAAUAGGGAAGUGGAAGCGGCUCCACAGUUCGGUUAUUCAGCCGAGGGUAACAUGGGUAAUCGUGACGAGAUGGUGGUCAGACAGAUCAAUCAGUUGAAAGAGGAGCUUGAUCUGGAGAAAGGGCGGCGGGAAAGGCUGGGAGAGCAAUUGGAUGAAAUGAUGCAGAGGGCGACAAAGAAGGAGGCGGAUGUGGUCAAUCUCAGGCGCAGGCUUGGCAAGGAGAUGCAGAAUCGAUACGAGCUCGAGAAAUCGAAAAAGGAUUUGGAAGGCGUCUUAGAGUUGACGCAAAGUAUGCUGGAAGACGAGAAGCGCAUCGUGGAGUUGCGAAGCGCUGAAGUCACUGCACUCGCGAGCAAACUCGAUGCGGAAAGGGAGUUGAGGACGCACAUGCAGAAUCGCAUGGGGGCUUUUCAAAGAGCAGUAAACAUGAAUGACAUGAACUUGGUGACUCCAACGUCAAAGUCAACGUCCGUAAGCAGGAGCGGGGACGAUAGGGCGGCGGAGCUGGCGAUCCUUCGAGGCGAACUUCAGGUUGAGGCAUAUGAGCGAACUCGAUUGGAGGACAAAGUGGAGGAGCUUGAGCGGAAAACGGAAGAGCUCGCACUGCAGCUGGCGUCGACCAGGUCGGCAAAGGAAACUGCUGAACAGAGCUUAGCUGACGUCAGAGGUCUACUGCAUGCCGAGUCUAAGGAGAGGACUCAGUUAAAGGCGAUGAUAGAAGAGUGUGAAGGAGCAGCGCAAAGAAUGGAAAAAGAAUUGAGAUCUACACAGUCAACGUUGAAUGAAGAGAGAACGCUGUCCGUCAAUAAACUUGCAGAUGCACUUGGUCAAUUGCAGCUGGAGGUCGACAGGAGGAACGAGGUGGAGAAGAGAGAGAAAGAGUUGAAACGAAAGAUGGGAGAACUGGAUGCGCAGUUGGCAUUGGCGACGAAGCAGGCAGUGGAGUCGGAGAAGAAACUUGUGGCGGAGAGGGAUGCCGUGGUCAGUGCGGCAGCUCUCGAGAGGACGCGGCUUGAAACCAGAGUGGAUGAAGUGGAGAGGCUGAUGAGAGACGCGGAGGCGCAAGUGGCGUCCCUCACGGCAAUGCUUACGGCGGAGAGAAAGAAGCUGGGUGAUAGAGAUGCUGAAAUGAAAUGUCUGAACGAGUCUGUGGGUUCCCAGACAACUCGCCUCGAGGCGCAGUUGGAAGAGUCGCGAAGAAGGACAAAGGACUUAGAGGCGGAUCUGGAAUGCUCCAGAUUGGCAGUUGCGGCAGAGAAGCAAUUUGCAGCCGGUGUCAGUUCGCAGCUAACGGCUGAGAGAGAUAGAAGAAACGAAACGGAGAAAUCUCUGCAAGAGUUUGAAAGAAGGGUGAAAGAACUGGAGGCAGAUUUGGCUAUCUACAGGUCAGGCUUGGGAGCAGAGAAAGGGCAUGCAGCCAGUCUUGAGCACGAACUGCAGCUCGAGCGUGGCAGGAGGACUCAACUGGAGACGACAGUCCAGGAGCUUGAAGCAAGGACAAAACACCUGGAGGGAGAAUUGACAUCCUGCAGAUCAGCCUUGGCGACAGAGAAGGAAAUCGUGGAAGCGGAGACGCGAAGGCGGACUCAGCUUGAGGAAAGAGUGGAGGGGUUUGAGAGGAGUACGAAGGAUCUGGAGGCAGACUUGGCAUCCUCAAGACUGGCACUGGCUGCAGAAAUGGAAACGGCAGCUGGUAUCGUCAGCAGACUGGAGUUUGAGACUCAAGGUAGGACUGUGCUUGAGACCAGAGUGCUGGAGCUUGAAAUGCGGAUGAAAGAUAUGGAGGCGGAACUGAUGUCCACGAGGUCUGAAUUGACUUCCGAGAGAGUGUUGGCGGCAGACAUUGGGGGUCAAUUAGCUGCGGAAACCCAAGUACGAGCGCGGCUGGAGAAAAGACUGGCAGUGCUUGAAAGAAUGACAAAGGAAUUGGAGGGUGAGGUGGUACCCACCAGGUUGGCAUUAGAUGCAGAGAAACAUCGCGCAGCGGGAACAGGUGCGGAACUGGAGCGCCAGGUCCAACGGAGGACGGAACUCGAGGUAAGCGUCAAAGAGUUGGGCCAAAUAAAGGAUGCGUUGGAGGAGGAAUUGUCGUCCCUGAGACCUGCUUUGAUGGCAGAGAAGAAGGCCAGGGCUGAGAUUGGGGCUCAGCUGGAGGUUGCUGUUGCAAGGACCACUCAGCUAGAGGCAAGGAUGGAAGAAUUGGAAACGGCGACAAAGGAUUUGGAGGUGGAUUUGCAAUCUACCAGAUCGCAACUGGAAGCAGAGAAAAAGCUGUCAGUGGAGAUGGGCAAUCAGCUAGGACUUGAGAUGGAAAGGAGUACGCAGUUGGAGGCAAGAGUUGAGGAGUCGGAAGGAACAACAGCAAGCUUGGAAACGGAAUUGGCAGCGACGAAGGCGGCAUUAGAAACAGCGGAAAAGGAAGCGGAGGCAUCGAGUUUGACAUUCAAAACGGAGAAGGCCUUGCUUGACGAAAGACUGCUUGCGGCCGAAAGUCAACUGCAGCUGGAGACGCAGCAGAGGACUCAACUGGAAAGAACAGCCGAAGAGUUGCAGGGGAGGAGGAAAAGUUUGGAGGCGGAAUUGCAGUCUGUGAAGUCCGACUUGGAAGCCGAGAAGAAACUCUCCCUUGAGAUCGGAGGCCAGCUAGGACUGGAGAUGGAAAUGAGGACGCAACUGGAAGUGAGAGCUGAAGAGUUGGAAAGAACAGUAGAGGAGUUGGAGGCGGAAUUGAACGUUGCAAGGUCCGCCCUCGACACGGAUACGUCAGAGUCAGGCCUGAACAGGAAGUUGGUCGAGGUUAGAAAUCAACUCGAGCAAGAAACGAAGCUGAAGGCUCAACUGGAGACGGAAGUGAUGCAAUUGCAGAGCACAACAAAUCGUCUGGAGGGAGAAGUAAAGCGCUUGGAUGAAGAUUUACAAUCUACCAGAUCGGAAUUGGCAGCAGAGAAGAAUGUUGCGGCGGAUCUUGGGGCUCAACUGGGACUUGAAAUGGAAAAGAGGACUCAGGUGGAGGCGGACCUCGAAGAGUCUGAAAGAAUAGGAAAGAAAUUGGAAAUGGAGCUGCAGGCACUGUCAUCAUUGCAGGCUCCAGAGAACAAUCUUGCAGCAGGCAAGAAAGUGGCUGCUGGAACGGGGACACGACAGCAGCAGCUCCCGGCGGCGGAGCCAACAACAAGGCAACCUGAGGCAGAAGAGGAGUCAGAGAGCAUGAGGAAAGCUCUCGAGGAACAUAUCAUAUCUACCAGGAUGGAGUUGGCCAAGGAGAAGGAAGCCGCGGAGGAUAUAGCGGGGAAGCUAGGACUUGCAAUGGAAGAGAAUGCUUUUCUGGAGGCCAGGGUACAGGAGCUCGAAAGCGAGGUGGGAUUACUAACUACGAACCGUAAAGCUGUGAAGGGUGCGGAAGCUCGAAGAGAGCUCAAGAAUUUCAGGUCGGUUAUGGAGAGCAGAGUGGAGCAGCUUGAAAGAAACACACUGGGCUUGGAUGCGGAGCUCGCGUCUACCAGAUGUGCACUCGCAACCGAGAGAAAACACGCAGCUGAAGUUGAGCGCAAGCUAAGGAUCGAGAUCGAACAAAGGUCUUGGCUGGAGACGAGACUCAAGGAAUAUGCAAGUUUGGUCAGCAGUGUGGAGAGGGAACUGAGAACUUCUCCAAAGACGGCGUUUUCCGCAUUAGAAGAGAAGAAGAAGCCAGGCGUGGACGACAACCUGUUUGAUGUAGAAAGCCAAGUCGAUAGCGAGCUUGACGGGCAAACGCAGCAAGAGCAGAAGGAUGAGGAGGAGGAGGGGCUCGGAAGAAUGACUCGAGACGUAGGAGGCCUCGAUGACUUGCAAUCGGAGGAGGCAGUGACUCGAGACGUAGGAGGCCUCGGUGACUUGCAAUCGGAGGAGGCAGUGACUCGAGACGUAGGAGGCCUCGAUGACUUGCAAUCGGAGGAGGCAGUGGCGCAGACGAAACAUGCAGCAGAUGAUGUUGGAGGGGAGGCAAGGCUCGAUGAAGAAGGCGUAGCUAUGUUGCAGAUGGAGGAGACGAGAGGAGGAGGAGAAGACUCCGAAAAAGCGGUUUACAUUUCCGAAACGAAAUCAGUGGCAACAAGAAGGUGGUCAUCAUCUUCCAUGGAGGAAAACUCAGACGCGGCGAACCGACUGCUUGAAGCCGUGAAGCUUGCGAUGUCCAGGUGCAUGCAGCUGGAGAAGAAAGCGGAGGAGCUUGAGAGAGAGAACGAGAACUUGGGUGAGGAUUUGGUGUCCAUGAGGCUGGCUUUGGAAGCAGAGAAGAAAGGUUCGUGUGAGGCUGGAGGCAAGCUAAGCAUUGAAAUUCAACAAAGAACUCAGCUGCAGAAGAGAGCAGAGGAGCUUGAAAGAGCAGUGGAUGAACUGGAAACCAAGUUGCGAACUGUGCGGUUGGAAUUAACAGCGGAGAAGGAAACUCUCGAGGGGAAGCUGGAGAAGGUGACAGCUGAACUGCAGCUGGAGAUUGACGGGCGAAGGGAUAGGGAGAGGAGAGUGGAGGGGCUUGAAGGAAUGGCGAAAGACUUGGAGGCAAUGGAGGGGGAAUUAAUGUCCUCCCAAUCAGCAUUGACCGCAGAAAAGGAGCACACAGCUGAGAUGAAACGGAAACUUAUCUUCGAGAUUGAACAGAAGGAUCAGCUGAAAAGGAGAGUUGAUGAGUAUGAAACAGCUGCAAAGAAUUGGGAGGUGCAAUUAAUCUCUGCCCAAUCGGCGAGAGUUGACGAGUACGAAACAGCUGCAAAGAAUCGGGAGGCGCAAUGGACGUCCACGUUGUCGGCAUCGGAAGAAGAUAAAAAGUUUGUGGAGAAUAGAGUGCGGGAGUUUGAAAGUGUGAACAGGGGGUUGGAGAUUGAAUUAGCAUCCUCCAGAUCGGCAUUAGUGGCAGAGAGGGAACUCACGUCGGAGAUCAGAUGUAAAUUGAGUGCAGUGAUUGAGUCGAACGAUCGGCUACAAAAACGAAUUGAACAAUGUGAAAGCGUCGCGCGAGACCGCGAAGCGGAAUUGAUAUCUACGAUAGCAGCAUUGGAAGAGGGCAAAAACGCUGGAGGGAUUAGAAUGGACGAGCUUGAAAGAAUGACUCAGGAGUUGGAGGAGGAAGUGAAAUCCAUGCAAUCCGCAUUACUGGGGGAGCAAAAAGCGGCCGCCGCAAUCAGAGACAAGCUAAGGGUUGAGACAAAAGAGAAGGAUCAGCUAGAAGCUAGAGUUGAACAGUGUGAAAGAGCUGCGGAAGUUCGUGAAAAGGAAUUGACGAAUGCGAUUUCGACGAUUUCGACACUGGAAGAAGACAAAAGGUGUGCCGAUUGCAGAGUGAAGGAGCUUGAAGCAAUGACUGAUGAGUUAGAGGUCGAAUUGGCGUCGACCAAGUUGGCGUUGGCUGCAGAGAAAACACUUGCAGCUGAAGUUGCAAACAAUCUAAGCGUCGAGAGGGAAAGCAGGAGCGCAAUCGCAGCAAGAUUAGAAGAGCUGAAGAGAGCUGCGGAAGAGCAAGAAGCACGCUUGAUGUCCAUGGUAUCCGCAUUAGAGGAAGAAAAAGGGGGAGCUGACCACAGAGUGAAGGAGCUUGAAGCAAUGACUGACGGAUUAGAGGUCGAACUGGCGUCGACCAAGUUGGCGUUGGCUGCAGAGAAAACACUUGCAGCUGAAGUUGUAAACAAUCUAAGCCUCGAGAGGGAAAGCAAGAGCGCAAUCGCAACAAGAUUAGAAGAGCUGAAGAGAGCUGCCGAAGAGCAAGAAGCACGCUUGAUGUCCAUGAUAUCCGCAUUAGAGGAAGAAAAAGGGGGAGCUGACCACAGAGUGAAGGAGCUUGAAGCAAUGACUGACGAAUUAGAGGUCGAAUUGGCGUCGACCAAGUUGGCGUUGGGUGCAGAGAAAACACUAGCAGCUGAAGUUGCAAACAAUCUAAGCCUCGAGAGGGAAAGCAAGAGCGCAAUCGCAACAAGAUUAGAAGAGCUGAAGCGAGCUGCGGAAGAGCAAGAAGCACGCUUGAUGUCCAUGAUAUCCGCAUUAGAGGAAGGAAAAGGGGGAGCUGACCACAGAGUGAAGGAGCUUGAAGAAAUGACGGACGAGUUGGAGGUCGAAUUGGCGUCGACCAAGUUGGCGUUGGCUGCAGAGAAAACACUUGCAGCUGAAGUUGCGAACAAUCUAAGCCUUGAGAGGGAAAGCAAGAGCGCAAUCGCAGCAAGAUUAGAAGAGCUGAAGCGAGCUGCGGAAGAGCAAGAAGCACGCUUGAUGUCCAGGAUAUCAGCAUUAGAGGAAGAAAAAGGGGGAGCUGACCGCAGAGUGGAGGAGCUAGAAAGGACGAUGGCGGAGCUGAAAACCGACUUGGCUACAGCGCGGUCUGCAUUAGCUGCAGAGAAGGAACUGACGGCGCAGAUCGGAAACAAACUCAUGUGUGAGAUAGAGCGAAAGGACGAGCUGGCAGCGAGACUUGAGAUGUCGGAAAAGGCUGCAAGAAAUCUGGAAACGCAACUGGCAUCUACCACAUCAGCUUUGGAGGGCAAGGAAUCUCAGGGUGGAGGUGACAGAGAGGCAAAGCUAGAAGGUCAACUGGGGUUGGAGGUGCAGAGGAGGAUGCAGCUGGAGAAUCGAGUGAGGGUUUAUGGAAGAAUGCUCAAGGACCUGGAGACGGAAUUGUCGGCUGUGCGACUGGCGCUGAUGGCAGAGAAGGACUUGGGGUUGGAGGCGAGUCGAAAGCUGAAGGCUGAGAUUGAAGAGAAGAAUAGCUUGGAAACAAAGCUAAGGGAGUUGGAAGCAGAAGCGACGGCUACAAGAAUGGCUCUUGAGGAUGCCAAGAGGGCUGCAGCGACCCGACUGGCCGAGGUUGAUGGUCAGCUGAAAAUGGAGGUUAAGAGAAGCGAUCAGCUGGAGAGUAAAGUGGAAGCUUCGGAAAGAAUGAUGAAAGCCUUGGAAGCGCAAGUAGAGAGAGAAAGGAAGAAGAACGUGAAAUGUGGGGGAAGUCGCGGUGCUCAGCGGCAGGAGCGCGAGAGUGACGGAAACAGCGAGAGGAAGGUCGAGGAGUUGGAGGGUGCAGUCAAAGACCUGGAGGAUAAAGUCAGAGAACUGGAGUCGGCAUUGGCAUCUGCCAGACUUCAGCUGGAGGAAGAGCAGCUUGGUGAUCUUGGGAAAAAGGUAACCAGGGUCUCGAGCCUGAGAAGGCGCAUUCAGGCUAGACUGCAAGUGGAAAUGUCUGAACGAAAGACAGACAGACCGCCCACGGUGACGUUUUCACAAUACCUGAGCCAUGAGCAGAUCCUUCCCGAUUUCCCCUCUCAGCUUAUCCGAGGCGGAACGGACGACUUUGACGAGUCGAGCAAGAUUGGCGAAGGGUGGUUUGGCGAGGUGUACCUCGGUGAGAUUGGGGGCGAGCUCGUUGCUGUGAGAAAGCUGAAUAUUGGGGGUUGUCACAACCAAGAGGACUUCCGUACCGCGUGCGAGGGCGCCAAUGCGCUUCGUCAUCGCUGUUUGAUUGAGUUUAUAGGGUUAUGCUCUGAGGAGUGCUGUCUUGUGACCGAGUUCGCUCGCUCCGGAAGCCUGGCGGAUAGGCUCCAAUGCAGUGGAGGAUCUAGCCCGCUGCAUUGGGAAAUCCGCGUGCACAUAGCGGCGGACGUGGCGGAAGGAUUAUCAUUCUUGCAUUCGCAAGAGCCCAAGCCGGUAGUGCACAUGGGCAUCAAGCCUUCAAACAUUCUUUUAGGUGCCGGUUAUCAGGGCAAGAUCGCCGAUCUAGGAGUUGAAGGGAUAGCUUUGCAGGCAGCGAAAAACGCCGAUGCCUCACAGGGUCGGAGGUUCCAAGGGUUCGGAUCGGACCGAAUGGUUGAUUACAUGGAUCCUGAGGCGUUGAAGACGGGGUGCGCCUCUCCGGCGUCGGACGCGUACUCAUUUGGCUUGGUGCUUCUUGAGCUCUUAACAGGGAAGAAGCCGGCGGAGUCUGUUCGUCUUGUCGAAAAUUCACUGGAGGACGACCAACACCUCAAGCAUGUAGUCGACAAAUCAGCUGGCACGUGGAAUAUCGCCAUUGCGUUUCAGAUUGCGCAGCUGGCAAUGAACUGUGUAAAGCGACCGCCGGAAUGCCGACCGGACUUUCCAAUGGUGAUCUCCCCAAUUCUCCAUAAAGUCUCCAGGACCUUGAAGAGGGAUGCGUGAAACGGAUAGAACCGGCCUGGCAUGUCUCACUUCAGAACGGCAACGUAGGAGUAGUAGACUAGUAGUAGUGCUUUUUUUUUCCCCUUUCUUUAUUCCCUUUGUUCUUUUUUUUUGCUUUGCGAGGAUAAGUCCAGCAUUUUCAAGACAAAGGAGAGACUGGUGUUACCUAAGGCUGUGGGAAGGGACGGAACUGUCGUCUUCACGCUAAUAGAACACACGCUGUGCAGUCAUUAUAGGUGUAUUUUGGCCGACUGUCAGUCUAGAUACAGUGAUAAUGACCGUGCGUUCUAUUCGGGUGAAGAUGUGCAUACGGCGAGAAUGACUAUGUGUUCUGUCCUGGUGAAGACAAGAGGAGGAGACCACCAGUAGGAAGGCGAGUAGGAGGACGAGAGCAUCAGUAGGAAGGCGAGUAGGAGGAGAGUAAGGUAACGGAGACCACCAGUAGGAAGGCGAGUAGGAGGACGAGAGCAUCAGUAGGAAGGCGAGUAGGAGGAGAGUAAGGUAAGUGAUGAAGUGAUGUGGAUACGGCGAUAAUGACUAUGUGUUCUGUCCUGAUGAGGACAAUAGGAGUAGACGACCAGUAGGAAGGUGAGUAGGAGGAGAGUAGGGAGGAGAGUGGGGUAGUAGGAGGAGAGUAGGGAGGAUAUUAGGGUAGUAGGAGGAGAGUAGGGUGAGUGAUAAAGUGAGAAGAAUAGC